UGUUGCCCAGGCUGGUUGCGAACUCCUGAGCUCAGGCAAUCCUCUCUCCUCGGCCUCUCAGAGUGCCGGGAUUACAGGCGAGCCCCCAUGCCCAGUGGCGGGUUUCUUAAUCACCAGCGCUGGAUAGUCACUACAUUUCCUGCGUGAGUAAGUGUGGGUACAUAGCUCCACCAUCCACUCCAGUGUUUGUUUUGUUUUUUAUGAAAGGCAGUUUGUACAAGUUCCCUCCCUUCUGUAUGGCAUCAUGUGCUUGAGCUGCAGGGAAUCAUGCAUUGCUUACAGUUAUCUGCAUAAGUGUGUGAGAGACUGUGUGUGUAUGAGACAGUAUGUGUGUGUGAAUGUGUAUGCGUAUGUGUUUAGACACAUGCAUUUUCAAAAGGAGACUGGUGGUGACUGUGAAUAUGCCCUCUGCCGAUGCAUCCACAGUUUCAGGAAGUAGGACCUGGCUGAACACACUUGCAGAGAGCCUCACUGGGGGUCUUUCCUGGCUGCUGUCUUGUCUGCUGAUGGAGAGGUGUCUGGCUUCGGGCCCUGACCUUGAUGAGAGCUCUUGGAACAUGCUGAAGGCCUGGAACAUCAUCCCCCAAUUCCACUGUUGCCAGUUCUCAGCCAACCCUGCAGUUGCCUUUUCAGCCCAUGUCAUGGUGGUUAUUCUGGUGUCAGUCUCUUUACUGGAGGGCAAGCACCUCAAGGGCAUGGAGCGAGUCUGUCUUGUUUGCUGCUGCAGCCCCAACACAAAGCCUGAUGCCUUGCUCUGCCCCUGCUCCUGGAAGGCCUGGCUAAGGCAGUUUCCCUGUCUCUUCCCGUUUCAAGGGCACCCAUCCAUCAGGUUCUUCGAGGAAGAAACCACGCAUCUCAGGCCUAUCUUCUCUCCAUCUGUCCCCGAACCUCCCAUUCCUUGGCCCCUGUGUCUGAGUAUUGAUCACCCCCACCUGGAACCCAUGGCUGCACAUCACCAAACUGAGCACAUGCUUUUGUUGAUCCAAAUGUGAUGACUGUGCAGUGGUACUGCUUACUGAGGUCUGCUGUCUACAGGCUCUCACACGGGAUUGUCUGUAAAUUUAUCAGAACACUUCCAAGAAGGCAUUACUGUCCCCAUUCUACAGACAAGGAAACUGGCACUUGGAGAGGUAGGCAACUUGUCCAGUACCCUGCGGUGAGCAGAGUCUGUCUGGCCCCAGAGCUGAUUCUGUCUCAGCUACUGAAAGCAGCUCAUAUAGCAAGGCACGCACGACGGCAGGGUUCUCCUUGUCCUAGUGUUUUCCCGCUUCUCAGGAGUCCUGUGGGGUGGGUGUCUACAAUGUGUGCAUUUUAGGAGUGUCCCGAAAGGAGUGUUUUCUUCCACUUCUGCUCUACUGCUGGCUCGUUCUAUGUGUCUUAGGACACAUUUCUCAACCUCUCUGGGCUCUACCACUGUACAGCGAAGGCUCUGGGUUGAUAAUCUGUAAAUGCUGUCUUCUAAUUUGAUAGUAGCCUUCUUGGCCUUGGGUAUUCUUGUGUCUCAUUUUUGUCUUUACUUGUUGGCUCCACAAAGCAAAACUUAUUAUUGUCAAUAAUCCUUACUGUGUAACUUUAUAUUGAUGUUGGCUGUGUAGACCAAUUCUAGCUACGUUAGCCUUUUGCUCUUACAAAGUGAACAACUGACACGUAAUUGUUACUGUUUUCCAUUGCACACUGUGUCAUCCUGACCCCAUGCAUAGGAUGUUUACCGUGUGUCAGGACUGCUCUCAGAUAAAACCUGUUCUGUUAAAACCUGGCUGGCCUUCACUUCUUAACAAGGUUGAGAACAAAAGUGACUCUGAUUAGAAUUGUCCUAAUCUGGCUUAUCAAUGGCAGGAGAAUUGAUAAGCAUUUAUCAAAAUGCAUCCGAAAUGAGAUGGCUUAAUGGAUAGGUAGAGGGGAGAGAUGUGAUGAAGUCAAUAUGGCAGAAUGGUAAUAUGUGGGCAUCUCCCUAACGGAAAUAGGACACUCCUAGUACAGCUGGGAGAAAAAAAUGACCAAACCUACUGGGAAAUUCCGCAGAGAUAAUUGUCAUAUCAUUUUUAAAUUAAUAAAAAUAAAUUAACUUUUUUUUAGACAGAGUCUUGCUCUGUCACCCAAGCUGGAGUGCAAUGGUGUGA